GUCGUGUGUCUUUUUUAUGCGAAUACUGAAUUAAGAUAUGUAUCAACUACCAACAUCGACAAAAUUUUGAAUACUUCAACAAAAUCAAAAAAACUUUCGAAAACAUUUUUAAAAUCUGCUAUAACAGAUGACAACGAAGACGAUUACAAUGAUUAUAUUGAUGAAAAUGAGGGUGCCAAGCAAUCGCAUCAACGAAAUAUUGCCAUAAUUAGACGUAUUGGCAUUACCUACAGCUGGUCCAAGUGGGAUAAAUGGAGUAAAUGCACUAAUUCUUGUGUGCAGAUCAAAAAAAGAAAAUGUAUACAAAGUAUACAGAAUUCCUCUUCAGAAAAUCCCAUUGAAAAUGCAUUUUAUCCAGAUUUAAAUGGACAGCAAGGUUGCUUUGGUUUAACGAAAAAGUAUCGAAUGUGCAAAGAUGAGAAGUGUAAAUUAACGAACAAUCAAUUUAGAGAUGAACAAUGUUCUGAUUUCAAUACAAUCUCAUAUAAAGGCAAGUUCUUUAAUUGGAUUGGAUACGAGAAAGAGCACAACGAGUGUGAAUUAUUCUGUCGUCCUAUUGAUUCCGAAAACUUCAUUAGUAUGAAUCGCUCAGUUACCGAUGGAACGCCUUGCGAGAAACCAGCGGUUUAUUAUACACAUGCAUAUCGACGGAAAGCUGUUUGUAUCGAAGGGAUUUGUAGGGCGGUACAUUCUAGUGGUGUCAUAAGACCUGCAACCACUUAUGACAGCACAGUUAAAUGUGGUUCAGUACUUUGUCAAGUUGUUUCUGAACUAUACAAUAAGACCAAAGAGAAUUAUGGAUAUAAUUUCAUAUCUACCAUACCAACAGGAGCCAUGAAUUUAACCAUAAAACAAGUUGAACGUAGCGAUAACUUAUUAGCACUAAAGAGUAUGGAUGAUAUAUUUAUUAUACAUGGUGAUAAUCACGGCUCAGAAAGCGGCAUAUUUGAAUAUAAUGAUGAUAUAUUCGAAUAUAAUCGAGAAUUGGGCAUUAUCACUUCUAAAGGACCGUUAAGUAAAGCAAUAGUGUUAAUGCUCUAUUUUCGUGGUAUCAAUCCUGGUGUACAAUAUGACUAUACUAUACCUGUUCCAUCGGCUUCUAUAACUGAAGAUGAUGAACAGCAAUCACAGUGGAAUGAACUUGGUGAUCCGCUAGAUUACAUUGAUGAUAAUAAUAUUGAUGAUACAGUGUCUGCACAGCUAGCACGUACUAAAAAUCGAAAAAGGCGUAAGUUUUCAUGGAAAUUACUUGGCUUCGGACAAUGCAAUCGUUCUUGUGGUCCUGGUGUACAGUCUCCAAUAUUCCGUUGCAUACGCGACUCACAAACCCGAUUCUACUCACCAAAACGCUGUGCCUUCGCAGAGAAGCCGGUUUUUAGUGAGGAUAUUUAUCACUGCAAUCGUGGUCUAUGUCCAGCAUAUUGGCGUGCUAGUGAAUAUAGUGAGUGCAAGUGUAAUGAAAAUAAAGUCAAUGGUACGCGACAACGUUAUGCUAGUUGCGUGCAAGAACAACUGACUGGUAAAAUUGAGGAAGUGAAAGAGACACAAUGUGAGAAGCUAAUAGCACCUGAUCUAAUUGAAGUGUGCAGUUGCCCAAAACAAAUACGUCGUAGAAUUUAUGAAAGACGACCGGAUAAAGCACCAAAGGUUUAUUCUCGACUAAUAGGUACACCAGCUAUAGUGCGUAGCGUGUACAAUUCCACUAUGCCUUUGCGUCGUAACUUACGCGAUGACCGUUCGGAUAAAGCUGGUGUAUGGUUAAUGUCUGAAUGGAAUAAAGAAUGUUCUGCUGAGUGUGGUCUCGGUUAUGAACAUCGUACCAUAUAUUGUGAUCGUACACCGCCUUAUACGGAUUUGUGCGAUUUACGUUAUACGCCCGAACAAAAACGCGCCUGCAGCGCACGUCAGCAGGAAUGCCAAGAAGGUACAUGGUUCGCAUCUGAAUGGAGUAAUUGUACUGGCGAAUGCUUUAAUUUACAAAGAAAACGUAUUGUGAUCUGUUUGCGUGACGGGAAUGUGGUUGACGAUGAAGAGUGUGAUGCUGUAGGUAAGCCAAAGGAAGUGAGCAAUUGCACCCAUAGAGAGGUAAAUUACUGCGGACCGAAGUGGCAUUAUUCUGAGUGGUCAGAGUGCUCUCGCUCCUGUGGUGAAGGCACACAGCGUCGCUAUGCAAAGUGUCUGGAAUUUGAUUGGAAGCAAAAUGCCAUGGUUGAGUCGAACAAUUGCAAGUACCUGGAACGAGAGCCUGUUUACGCUGCUUGCAAUGUGCACAAAUGUGAAGAGUUGAAUACUCCAAUGGAUGUAGCACAGAACGAUAACACCACUCCAACGCCGGAUGAUUGCAGUGAUGAAUUUCCCAAUUGCAAGCGCAUUAACCGACAACGUUUAUGCAAGUUGCAGUUUUAUAAGUCUUAUUGCUGUCAGUCGUGCAUUGGCUACUAUUAAGUACAAGCGAUCAACAUGCACGUCUUCAAAUUAAAUUAUAACAUUUUCAAAUUUAAUUUGGUGUUGAAUGGUAUAGCAAUAUAGAUCACAGCCGCUCCGAUCUCCGAUUGGAUCGCUUUAUUAAAUUUGGAUGCUGAUUAUUUCGAUUUUACUUAAUUCGACGUAGUUUUG